UCUGUUCCACUUGGAUUGACACUUUUUCGGCAUUUGUGAUUGAAAAAAAAAAUAAUUUAUUGGCACCAAUAUGAUUUUUCUCAUCAAAUGCAGUUCUUGGAUUCUGAGUUUCAAUCACCAUCAACACCAAUCGCGAUCAACGAAUCAAGAUCACACCAAUCACCAAUCCAAUUCAACAUAGCAGGUCGGUUCGGUUCCGGAUAGUGAGAGAGGGAUAGUGUCUGUCUUGUAAUGGAGGUGUUAAAAUUAUAAUUGAGUUUCUUCUUCCUUGCUAUUGGUAAAUUGAUUAUGUAGUAUUUUGGCAUCACUGAAUCACAACACUUCCAAAAAUGGCCACACCAUACGUGGUUCAAACAGUUCAAUCACUGGGCCGUCCCUGCACGCAUGACUACUGUGAUCACGUGGGGGGCAGCAAGGCUAUGAGAAGCCACACGAGAAGCUAUGCGGCCGAUCGCGCCACUGCCAUUCACUGCUGCCAUCAGCCGCCGCCUCCGCAACCGCCCCCGCCUUCCUCGACCGCCUCUCGGUGGGACACUCGCACCAGGGCGGCAGAGCGCGCGUUCACCACUCUCAGUCCGUCGCGCAGAAGAAGCAACAGCGAGGGCAAGGACGGAGCGCGGGGACGGUCUGACGACAACUGUGAUAGACAACUCAGUCACUCCUUCAACGAGUACAACCUGCGUUCGGGCACCAACUACUACGAGCGUGCUCACGCCAGAAGCAGCAGAAAGUACUAUCACUGCGAAUCGACUGAAAAAUGCAACAAGCCAACCGUUGCCGCGUAUCCCCUAGUUGAUAGGUUAGACACUGCCACGCCUUCCUACCUAUGUACGUCGAACUUUCGCACUAGUAGCAAUAUUUGUAGACAGUUUUUGGCGUCCUGUGAGAACAAUGUCGAUGUGAGGAAUAGGUACGUGUACUUUUCGAAGAAGUGCAAGAACGAGCCGGAGCAGAGGGGGUGGAAGAGUGCCGCCGGACAGGAGGAGAGUGACAGUGACAGGUACAGCCAGGAGGUGGAGAAGCUGCGCAGUCGGCUGCGGGAGUUGAAGGACGCACCGCAGGACGGGAAGAGGGUGCGGCAGAACAGUGAAUCGGAGUGCGGCGGACUGGCGGCCGGCGGCCUUGACCCCGGUACCAAGCGGCCCAGGGACAACUCGCAUCAAAUCAGGCCGUUGAUUUCUACCUUGGAUGAACCUGUGAAUCCUGCGAUGCUUGUUCCUAGAAUUCCUCGACAGAACAUUCCGAGCAGUGAAGAAGUGACUUCUGUUUCUUCUGACUCUGAAUUUGCUGACAGUGCCUGUGAUGAAGAUUAUUUGAAAGGAGAACCUGAACUCGAAGUGGAAGAGAGUGCAAAUGAUGCUCCACUUUCGCCCAAGAUCUCAUCGAUCGAAGUUCAUGAAGUAGUGCAUUGUUCGCCCUCACCUUCGCAUGUGGUUGGUGAUUCCCUGGGAUCCAUAUCGCUCAACGAUAAAGCACCGACCGAACAACUUCCAGUGUUGUCCAGCAAGCAGAUAGGAGACAACGCUCUCUCCGCCAAGAGUUCAACUCAUCCCAGUCUGAGAAUCAGCCUUUUCUCACACGUACCUCCGUUUAUACGUUUCUCCACUCACGACAUCAAAGGUGACAAAAUCUGCAUAUUUUCUCCCGAUUACUGUCGAUUAUUGUUUUUUAAUAUCUCAUAAUUUUAUUCUGUUGUCAUAUAUUAUUCUCUUUUAUGAAUUACUAUUGUUCAUGUUUUAGAAUCGAACGAAUGGUGUGGCACUUGGGGAAAACAUAUGAAAUCACUUUGCUUCAAAACAAUCCGUGAUUUCCAAAAAAUGAACCAUUUUCCUGGGUCAUUCCAAAUCGGUAGAAAAGAUCAUCUAUGGAGGAACUUAUUACGUCUUAUGACUAAAUUCGGAAAGAAAGAGUUUGGUUUCAUGCCGCGAACGUACAUCCUGCCACAAGAUAAUAAGCUUCUCCGCUCAGCUUGGGAAAAGCAUUGUGGCAAGGAAAGGUGGAUUGUGAAACCGCCGGCUUCAGCCAGAGGAACCGGUAUCAAGGUUAUUCAUAAAUGGUCGCAAAUCCCCAAGAAAUGUCCACUGAUUGUGCAAAAGUACAUUUCCGAUCCGUUUCUGAUCAACGGAAACAAAUUCGAUCUCCGCCUGUAUGCGCUGGUGGCCAGCAUUAAUCCUCUGCGCAUCUACUUGUACGACAAUGGACUAGUGCGGUUCGCUUCAGUGAAAUAUUCGAAUGAUCUGUCAACGCUAGUGGAUAGAUACAUGCACCUGACAAACUACAGCAUCAAUAAGCAGAGCAGUCAGUACACGCAGAAUGAAGAUGCAGGUGCCUGCCAAGGCCAUAAGUGGACCCUGAAGGCGUUGUGGAGCUUCUUGGAGAAGCACAAAGGCGUGAACGUGCAGCAGUUAUGGGCUCGCAUGGUUGACCUUGUGAUAAAAACUGUGAUCAGUGGCGAAUCGUCGAUGACCCAGCUGUCGCACGCCCACCUCACCUCUCGCUAUUGCGCCUACGAGCUCUUUGGCGUCGACAUUCUCCUCGACGAGGACUUGAAGCCAUGGCUGUUGGAGGUGAACAUAUCUCCUUCGUUGCACUCGUCGACUCCUCUGGAUACGGCUGUAAAAGGUCCCCUGGUCAGGGACCUCAUGAACCUGGCAGGAUAUCAGAUCCCCAACAAAAUGACUACCACGCAACAGGAUUCACUAGUCCCAAAUCUUGGAAUCAAUGGUUCAUUGUGCUAUGAUCGAAGACUGUAUACCACUGUACUUUCACCUGCUGAGCGAUACAAGCAUAACGAAUAUCAACAAAUUGAAUCGAGAGAUGAGUAUCUGGAUAGUAUAUUGGAAGACUUGACUCCUGACGACGUCCGACACCUGAUUCAGUACGAAGAUGAACUCACUCAAAUGGGGAACUUCCAGAAAAUCUUUCCGACAAAGCAGACACAUGAGUAUUUCCAGUUUUUUGACAAUCCGCGUUAUUAUAAUAUGCUAUUUGAUGCUUGGGAAACACGUUAUCACAAGAACAGAAGUAAAGGUGUUCAAUUACUGGAAAACUUGUGUUUGCAAAAUGUACAUCUUGAAGUCGAUUAUGCUCAACAAAAACGAACAAAGGCCUCAACGAGCCAUACUCAAGUUCAUCAAGCAGCAGCUGCGGAGGCAGCGGGGGCGGGGGCGGCAACAGCGCAGGAGGGGGGCUCCGAAACGGAGGAGGAGGAGGUGGACGAAGGGGCGGACGAAAAGGCAGCCGGCGGAAAGCGGCCUACACUGCCAGAUAAGCCCAGAGAAAAGUGGGGUAUAAUUCCGACUGCGAUCUGCCGAGCCGCUCGCACGAGGAGUGGCAAGCCAGGAGUGGUCACCAAGCCGUUCCCUCGCUCCUCCUACAUUACGCGGCGCACUGCUCACCUGAAGGCCAAAAAUACUCGCUCGAAAACGUGAUGUCUCUUCAACAUAUUUCCCUCUUGCUUUGCUAAGCUUUUUCGCAAACAAAUCGGGCAUAAAGUAAAAACAGUCGACAGUUCGAAAAGUGUAGUUUUUUAGACAAUUAUGCAUAAAUUAAUAGGCUAAUGAUUGAAAGUUGUUUAUAGAAACAAAUCUAUUUUCAUUGUGAUUUAUCUUUUUCUUCGAUUUAAUAGAGGUAGCUCAAUAUUUACAUUGAAAAGAUUAGAGCUAUUUUUUGGUUAGAUUGUUAUCCAGAUAUUUUUCCCCCAGAAAGAUGUAUGCUAAACGAAUCAUUGUGUAUUCUUACAUGAAAUAUCGAAUCGAGCUAUCAAUUGUUGCAUCAAAUUAUAAUCACAGAUUUUACUUCGAAUUCUACAACAUACUAUUGUUUAUUUUUAAUCCCCCUACUAUUAUAAUGAUAUAUUAUUGAGCUUAUAGAGAACGAAGAUAGAAAAUCUUGCUGUGACAUUUUAUAUCUAAAUUAUGCUACGAUUUUUGCCAUUGUGAAUCUUUAAAUUUUGUGCGAUAUAAUAUUUAUAAUGUAUCAGGAAAGCAAUAAUGUACUUCCAUUAUGAACUUUGUCUAUAAUCUCGACUAAAAGCAAUAUUAUCAAACAAUAGUAUAAUAGCUUACUCUAUUUUUCUUUGUUUUCAAGUGUGUGUUAUAUUUAUUGUUCUUAUUGAUGUGUUUAAAUGCGGAUCAAAAUUUUGAGAAUAAAUUUUUUUCUACAUUU